AUGUCUAUGUAUCCGCACCGAACCAUUGCGGGCGCGCCCAUUCAGAACAUGGGCCGUCUUAACGAGCUCCUCGACGGCAUCAGAAUGGAAUUCGAAUCACAAGCUCGCCAGUACGAGACCUGCCAGCAUGACUUGGCAACGCAGCUCCAGGAGCUUCAGGUCAUCCGUGAGAAAGUCUUCCAGAUGGAGCAGCACCAGAUGAACGUUAAGCAAAAGUACGAGGAUGAGAUUGCGCUGCUUCGUCGCCAGCUUGAAGGCCGCGGAGGCGGAGGCCCUCCGGGCCCGGGCAACAUGAACCCACCCCCACAGCAUCCUGGGCAGCAGCAGCCCCCUGCUAUCGGCUUGGGAAGCAACGUCUUUAGCGCGAUCAUGGCAGGACAAGGAGGACAGGCCUUGGUCCCUCCUCCCCCUCCACCGCAGCAGCAGGAACAGCCAGCACACAUGCCUGCUCCUCCCGGGCUUCAGGGUCCUCCUCCCCCGCCCCCGCCGCCAUCCCAGCAGCCUCCCUUCCAGCAGCAGGGACCUGGUAACUUCCCCCCUCAGCCUCCCCAGAGCACUGCUUCUCCUGGCCCUGGCGGCAAGCGUGGCAUCGGCAGACCUCCUGCUGGCGGCCCGGCUACUCCUCAGAUCAACACUCCCAUCCCGUACAACGGCGGCCCUGCUCAGUCGCCCCAGGUCCCAACUCAUCCUACCCCGGACCACACCCGGAUGGCUCAGCACCACCAGCCUCCGCCUCCGCCUUCUCAGACCAACGCUUUGAGCGAGCUUGAUCCCGAUCGCCUCCCAAAUCACAUAAAGAAGAUGAAGGACGAUUGGUGGGUCAUCUUCAACGCGGCCGUUCCCAGGGUACUAGAUGUCGAGUUGGUCCAUACUCUGCAGCAUGAAAGCGUUGUUUGCUGCGUGAGGUUCAGCAUGGACGGCAAGUACGUUGCCACCGGCUGUAACCGUUCUGCGCAGAUCUACGAUGUGGAGACUGGCGAGAAGCUCUGCAUCCUGCAGGAUGAAAACAUUGAUCUUACUGGAGAUCUUUACAUUCGAAGCGUCUGCUUCAGCCCUGAUGGCAAGUAUCUUGCUACUGGAGCCGAGGAUAAGCUUAUCAGAGUCUGGGACAUCCAGUCGAGAACUAUUCGCAACACCUUCCAUGGCCACGAACAGGACAUCUACAGUCUUGACUUCUCCCGCGACGGCCGCACUAUCGCGUCCGGCAGUGGUGACAGAACCGUCCGUCUUUGGGACAUUGAAACCGGGCAGAACACGUCGGUCCUCUCUAUUGAAGAUGGUGUCACGACUGUUGCUAUCUCGCCCGACAAGCAAUUUGUUGCUGCCGGAUCCCUGGACAAGAGUGUCCGUGUCUGGGAUAUGAGGGGCUACCUUGCGGAGCGUCUCGAGGGCCCCGACGGGCACAAGGACAGCGUCUACAGUGUUGCGUUUUCUCCUGAUGGGCGCAACCUUGUCAGUGGCAGUUUGGACAAGACCAUCAAGAUGUGGGAGCUCAGUGCUCCGCGCGGUAUUCCUACUUCGGCGCCUCCUAAGGGUGGGCGCUGCAUCAAGACCUUCGAGGGUCACAGGGACUUUGUCCUUAGCGUUGCACUGACCCCCGACUCGCAAUGGGUCCUCUCCGGUUCUAAGGAUCGCGGUGUCCAGUUCUGGGAUCCCCGUACCGGCCACACACAACUCAUGCUCCAGGGACAUAAGAACUCCGUCAUUUCCGUGGCGCCCAGCCCAGUUACUGGUCCCAACGGUGUCGGGUAUUUCGCUACCGGAUCUGGUGAUAUGCGGGCCCGUAUCUGGUCUUACUCUCGUAUAUAG